UCCGCACGCUGGUGAUGGUUAUUGCGUAUUGAACAAUUCCAAUAUGUCUUCGGAGGAUAAAAGAGGGCCUCCCCCUUCGUACGACGAAGUAACCAGUCCUAGUUCCCAGCCUUUGUUUUCACAAGAGAACCAGUAUAACCAGUUUCAACCAAAAGGUGGCGUUCAGGGACAGUAUCCUGGUUACCAAUAUCCACCAAAGGGUAGUUCUCCUGGUCCUUAUCCAUAUCAACACGUGCCGGGUGCGCCACCAGUAUUAACUCACAAUGUUGUGGUCAAUCAGCCUGGUUCUGCUACCAUGGUGACAUCACGGCCAGUCAGACAGGACUGGACAGUGCCGGCUAUUCUGUCUUGUUUGUGCUGUUUUUGGCCAACAGGAAUUUUUGCUAUAUUUGCUGCUUGUAAGGCUAACGCUGCAGCAGUAGAGGGAGAUGAGGUGGAAGCGCAAGCGCAGUCAAGACGCGCACGUAGUCUUGUCGUAACUUCCGUUGUUAUAGGAAUUUUCAUCAUGAUACUUUCUGCAAUUUUGCGAACAAUUGUUUAUUCUAAUUACUCGCGUCAUUGAAAAGUAUUGGGCAGUUUUUAGUCAUUAAAGACUUUAUCAACAAGUACAUAGUGGAAUUCGAUGAAUUUAGAUGAAUUUGUUUUACAACUGGACUGUAAAAUUAUCUAUUGUGAAUUUAUAUUCAGAAGAUUGUUUUUUCUGUUUCAUAUGAAACUGUUAUCAAGAUGCUU